UAAUUUCAUUUAUUUAUUUAUAUUUUUUUUUGGAAAUUAGUACAAUAGUAGUCUGCGCUUCCUCUUACCUUCACCCUUAUUCCUUUUACGCUUUUUUCACAUAAACUCGCAAUCAACUUCUCACUUUCCUCUGAAAGUGCUCUAAAACUCGCUAAUUCAUCAAGAAUAUCGUAAGAGUAAUCUGGAAUCAAAGAAUAUCCCCUUUUGAGGAUCUGGGUGGCGAUAGUUUCAAGAGCAAGAGAGAAAUUGAUUUUUGUAAUUUCUAAAUCGAUGUCAUGUUGUAUAAUUUGCUGGGCUAGAAGAUUCGAGAUGAAACGUCGAUGACUGCUUUUGGAAAGGUCACCUUUUUUACACUGCAACAUGAUUCUGGAACUAUCCAGGAAUUUCUUAUAUAAGAAUUUGGUAUCUAUUUUCCCUCUAGAAUUAAUAGUAAGUGACAUGAUGGUUUCCUAAGAUAUUUGUGCUCUAUAUCUUGAGAUAUUAAGGUUAGUCCCAUCAUUCUUCUUUUUCUUUUUUUUUCUCUCCUUUUUUUUUGUUUUUGAUGGAUAGAUCCUAUCAUUUGGAGCAUAUACUUGGUAUAGUUUUAUGUUGCAUCUUUCUUAUUUCAAUAAUUCUCUAUACUCUUGGGGUUAGGCUCUCAAGUUCCUUAUCAUUAUAGCUCUUGGUAGAACUUAUUAUGUGUCGUCUUUAUUGGAUGCAUCUGUGGAGUUCCCUCCCUCCCUCCCAUCUAACUUGAUUAAUUUUCAUUUUAUAGUUCCCUGCAUUGGCAAGUAAUGUUCUGAAUAUUCAAAAAGUUGAGAAAUCAAUUUGUUUUUAUUGUUGGAGCUUAGCAAGAUUUCACCAUUUGGCAGGUAGUGGAUUUUGGAUACGGGAGUCAAUAAUAGUUCAAGCUUAUUCUAUAAUCACCUUCAAAAGGGUGAACGUGCUUACGAGAGGAUAAUUUCUACAAGACAUUCUAUAUAUUUUGUAUAGUUUAUUGUACAUUUCUUAUCAAUCUAUUCUUUUAGGAUGACAUCUCCUUUGUAGUUGAAAAUAAUUUGAAGCAGACAUUGAUAAAAUCGUCAAAAUUUGAAGGUUGACCAUUGUAUCAUUUAACUAACACUACCACAAAAUGGAGAAUAAAUAACGCAUAAUACACAACGGUGAAGUUGGAAAUGCGAUCCUCUAGAAUUAUAUAGAACGCCUAUCUUAGAAGAACGUUUUGUAGGAUAAAUUAUAUAGAGCGCCUCUCUAUGUUAACCGUUUUAUAUGUCACUAAUAGAUUUUUCUUUUUUUUUUUUAAACAUUACCAUACAAUAUAGAGCGCCUGUCAGACUUAACAGAUCUAUAUGAUUUUGACCAGGGGAAAAUUACACGAGGCGCGCUAAAUCCCGCGGAAGGAAUAAGUAAAUUAGUUUUAUAUUUUCAAAAGAACCUAAAAAUCUUUCAAACCAAAAAAAAGUUAGAACCUUCCUCAAAAAAAUAAAAAAAAAAGAAGUUAGAACCCAAAAAUGCUACUGCUUCUUCUCCACCGCCUCGAAUCUCCAUAGCUUCCACCUCCAAGAAGAACUAAGAGAAACGCUGCUACGAAGCCGACGCUGCUACUCAACGUUAGGUUGAUGGCAAAUAAAAGAAAACAAAUAAGUUCCUCUCAAGAGGCUGCUACACGUGAGAAUCACAGGGGUCGUACAGUCCGUGCAGCAGUUGGAAGAGCAAUUCAAAGUGGCAAUAAAAUCCCUUUACAAUGGAAUCACCGAAAAUUGCCUUGUGGAGAUCAUAAAACUGACUUUUCUACUUACAUUGGUGUUGUUGUUCGCAUCCGAGUAAGUAUUAAUUAUAAGGAGUGGGAAGAAGUACCAAAAGAAGUUAUCAAUGAAGUUCUAGACUUUAUUACGAAAGGUUUCACUUUUCCUGAAGAUCGUAAAGGAUAUGUGUUAAAACAAGCAUCAAAGAGGUGGAGAGAAUUCAAGGUUAGAUUAAGAAAAGAUUUUAUGUACGAGUGUGACGAGGAGGGAAAUACUACAGAUGUGAUUAUCUGGACACCACCGAGUUUGUAUCCAUGGAUAACCGUAGAUGAUUGGAAAAAGUUCGUUGAAACAAGUAUUGAUGAUAAGUUUAAGGAAUUGAGUGAACUGAAUCGAGAAAGGGCUAAAAAGAGGAAGACUUCCUAUCGUGGGGGUCGAGAAGGGUACUCUUAUUAUGAGGACGAGAUUGCUAAGGAAUUGCAGAAUCAAGGAAUUCAAGUUGUUGAUGUACCUCGGCAUUUGGUUUGGAUUAGAGCUCAUUCUAGAGAAGAGGGAGGAGUUCUAAAAUUUGACAAUCCGGCAAAUUUGGAAAUAGCUCAAGCAAUUAAAGAAUUGGAGGCUCAACAUAAUCAAGGAGAAAUCGAUGCAUCAGGACGCAAUGAUAUAUUGGCAAGAGCAUUAAACACUUCCGAACAUGGUGGUUGUGUGAGGGCCGUUGGAGGUCUCACAAACAAGGAGUAUUUCGGGUACAAGAAGCCUACACCCGCUAACCAAGUGCAAUCAGAGCUCAAUUCAAGUGCUCAAUUUGGGGGAUUUGGUGUCAACCGGGAUGUGUACAGUGCUACAUUUGGUGAAUUACUUAGCAGCCAUGGUUUAGAUGGAUCAGGUGAUAGGCAAAUAGUUGGUGAAUUGGGUAAGAACCAAUCAACCGGUGACUUUACUAAUUAUAGCUCAGGUGAACCAAGGUAGAAAUAUGGCCACACAUGGACU